AAUACAACCCCUUGUGAAUGUAAAAUCCGGGAAGAGUUAUUUCAGGACUUUCUCCUCUCGUGAGCUGAGAGAGUAAAAAAACAGAUCCAGAUCUUAUUCGAGGCUCUUCCAUCUCCGAUUUCAGGCCAACAUUCGGUUGACUGGAUAUUCCUAGGUGUUCUUUUGCAGCAUUGCCUGUCCAUGGUCAUGCACACUAGAUGGAAGGUUUGGAUCAUUCUUAAAGAUAUUGUAAUUUUCAUCGUCUUAUAUAGACCGGUAGACAUGUCAAGGAGGCCAGUAAAUCCCACCAGGCGCUUCGCCGACAGUGGAAGUGUUCCAUUUGUGAGCUCAUUACAUCAGAAAUCACGAUCUUCACCUUUACUAUCUAUUGGUCUGGUUCUGUUGGGUGCAUUCCUUCUUAUUGUGUAUUCUUAUAGUGGCCCAGGUGGAUUUGGCGGUGAUAAAGAAGCUCUUAGUAAGCUUGAAGGUGAUAUUUCAUGCACAGCAGAAGUUCAAAGAGCAAUACCUAUUCUAACUAAAGCAUACGGGGACAGCAUGCAUAAAGUUUUGCAUGUUGGCCCCGAAACUUGCACAGUGGUGUCAAAAUUGUUGAAAGAAGAGGAUACUGAAGCUUGGGGUGUGGAACCGUACGAAUUGGAGGAUGCGGACAAUACCUGCAAGAGUCUUGUUCGCAAGGGCAUUGUGCGUGUGGCUGAUAUCAAGUUUCCUCUGCCCUACAAGGCAAAGUCGUUUUCUCUUGUGAUUGCGUCAGAUGCAUUGGAUUACUUGUCACCAAAGUACCUUAACAAGACUCUUCCAGAUUUGGCAAGAGUUGCCCGAGAUGGUCUUGUUAUUUUUGCUGGUUAUCCAGGUCAGCAUAGAGCGAAAAGUGCAGAGCUGUCCAAAUUCGGAAAGCCGGCCAAAUUGCGGAGCUCGUCUUGGUGGAUUCGGUACUUUGUUCAGACUGGCUUGGAAGAGAAUGAAGUUGCCACCAAGAAGUUCGAGCAGGCAGCAAACAAGAAGUCCUACAAGCCAAGCUGCCAAGUCUUUCACCUCAGAGCAUACCCUUGACCCUGGCGUGUCUUGGAGGGUUCCUGUGCCAACUUGCCUCGAGCCUCUUCAGCCGUCGUCUGGAAACACGUCCUGCCGGGUAACAAGGUGGAUGAGAUCUGCUGUCAGUUAUAUUAUUUUGUGUUCUAAUCGUAAGAUUGGUCGAUAUUUGUUGAUUGCAAUUUUACGGAGAAGUUAAGGUAACUGAAUUCAACAAUGUGUUGGUUAAAUUUUAACUUACCCACUCAUCAGUGCAGCGGGAAGGUUGUUUUGUUA